AUGUACUUCAACAUUGUGCCAAACACAGCCCUGAUGCUGCUGUGGGUGGCAUUCUGGCUGCACCUCCUGGGGGUUGCCCUGCAGCGGCUGUGGGCGCUGGCGCGCGCUGGGCGGCUGCGGCUGCCCGCGGUGCCGGCCGCCCUGCUCGUUUUCUACCCCACGUUCUAUGGCGCGUGGGCGGUUGUCAACUACCUGAACGAGGGCUUCUACAUGCUGAAGUCCCAGCUGUUCUUCUGUGCCACAGAGCUGGUCGCCACCCACUGCCUGUAUCUCAUGCUUGAUUCGCAGCUACAGCCCAGCGUGGCGCUGCUGGCCACGCCCCUGGCCAUCACGGCUGCUCAUUUGUACAUCGCGGUCGGAUCAGAGGGCGUCCUGUGGGGCCUGUUCAUAAGCACCAUCAAAGUCCCCAACACACGUGACAUCUUGCUGAUGGCGGGCGACGUUGCGCAGCUGCUGUACUUUGGGUAG